AUGGGCCUUUCCGUCUUCUCCGUCUCUUGGCUUUACUACAACCCGGACCACAACGAUAGCCUUCCAAUCAGUGAGAUUGACUGGAAGAAGUACACCCACGCAUCGUAUUACGCAGCGGCUACCACCGACGAUUCCUCAAACCCCGUUGUAAUUACCAACGAGACGAUGUUCUGGGAGUUUGUAGAUGCCGCAACAAGCAACCAUACGGUUCCACUCUUGUCAAUAGGAGGGUGGGCCGGUUCAGAGCACUUCUCCACUCUCGUCGCAACAAAUGACAGCGGCGCCGAUUUUGCCAAAUCUCUCGCAUCCAAAUUUGUCCGCGACCGCCGAUCGAACUUCAGAAAUUACUGCGGGUUUGACAUCGUAUGGGAGUUUCCCAACGACGCCGACGCGUGGCCGAACAACACCAACGCCGCGAACGACACGGCGAACCUGCUUGCCUUCCUCCGCACGCUUCGCGGUGAGCUGGAUGAGAUCCCCUUGACCGAAGUCACGCUCGCCGCCUCGGCGCCCGCCGCGCCUUGGCACGACGCCUCCGGCAAGCCUUCCACCAACUGCUCGCUCGCCGGCUUUGCAGACGUGCUCGACUACGUCUCCGUCCUCGCCUACGACGUCUUCGGCCCCACCUGGUCCAACACCACCGGCCCCAACGCCCCGCUGCACUCCUGCUUCGCGAACGGCACGGCGGCCCCCUCCAACAACUCCGCCGCCGCGCCCUACGCCUCCGCAGACACCGCCGUCGCGCUGUGGACCGCCGCGGGGAUCCCAACGCACAAGCUCGUGCUCGGCGUGCCCUCGUACGGGCACGCGUUUGCCGUCGCGGCGGGCGGGGCGAAGGACGCCAGCGGUUCCCUCGCGCUCUACGCGCCGAACGACCGCAGCGCGCCGGUGCCGAGCGGGGAUUGGGCACAAGGGAUGUUGAGCUUCCGCGGGAUGGUCGAUGCCGGGCUCCUCGCCGCGGAUGGUUCGGUGCCCGCGAACGUGACGGGGGCGUUCGACGAGUGCACGCAGACGGCGCUGGUGUAUUUGAAUGGCACGGGCGGGGACGGGGUGCUGGUGGCGUACGACGAUGCGAGGGCGUUUGAGGCGAAGGGGGCGUUCGUAAAGGAGAAGAGGAUGGCGGGCUUUGCGAUCUUCGAGGCAGCGGGGGAUAAAGGCGGCACCUUGAUAAAUGCAAUCAGCAAGGGGGUGGGGGCGGAGGGCUCGUGA